CUAACACAGUUAGCUCGGCAAGCUACCGUUGCUGUCAUGGAAGACAAAUCUUUUACUAAAGAGUUAGACCAAUGGAUCGAACAGCUGAACGAGUGCAAGCAGCUAACGGAAAACCAAGUUAGGACGCUGUGUGAGAAGGCCAAGGAGAUUCUGACCAAGGAGUCCAACGUCCAGGAGGUGAGUGCGGCCCAGGGAGGACGUGUGCGGUGCCCGGUGACGGUGUGCGGCGAUGUUCACGGGCAGUUCCACGACCUCAUGGAGCUCUUCAAGAUCGGAGGGAAGUCUCCCGACACCAACUACCUGUUCAUGGGCGACUACGUCGACAGAGGCUACUACUCCGUGGAGACGGUCACGCUGCUGGUCACGUUAAAGGUCCGCUUCCCGGAGCGAAUCACCAUCCUGCGGGGGAACCACGAGUCGCGGCAGAUCACGCAGGUCUACGGCUUCUACGACGAGUGUCUGAGGAAAUACGGCAACGCCAACGUCUGGAAGUACUUCACAGACCUGUUCGACUACCUGCCGCUCACCGCCCUGGUCGAUGGACAGAUCUUCUGCCUGCAUGGAGGCCUGUCUCCCUCCAUAGACACCCUGGAUCACAUACGAGCUCUGGACCGCCUGCAGGAGGUCCCCCAUGAGGGCCCCAUGUGCGACCUGCUGUGGUCCGACCCUGACGACCGCGGCGGGUGGGGCAUCUCCCCCCGAGGUGCCGGCUACACCUUCGGUCAGGACAUCUCCGAAACCUUCAACCACGCCAACGGCCUCACCCUGGGAUACAACUGGGGCCACGACAAGAACGUAGUGACCAUCUUUAGUGCUCCCAACUACUGCUACCGCUGCGGUAACCAGGCGGCCAUCAUGGAACUGGACGACACUCUGAAGUACUCUUUCCUGCAGUUCGACCCCGCCCCUCGCCGCGGCGAGCCUCACGUGACCAGACGCACCCCCGACUACUUCCUGUGA